GGCACAUCAUUUCUCCGAUUUACUACAACUUUUAGGAUACAAUAACAUUCUCUGCGCGUUUUACGCAAUGGCUGCUUCACGGGAACGCCGAUCGAAUGCUGGCCGACGGAUGGCCACUUUGCUAAAUGAGGAGGAAGAGGAUGAGUUUUAUAAAACUUCCUACGGUGGAUUCAAUGAGACGGUCGACGAUGGAGAUUAUGUUCAGAAAAAUGACGACGAAGAAGAUAUCAUCGAUUCCGACUUCAGUAUCGAUGAAAACGAUGAGCCAAUUUCCGACGUGGAAGAGGAACCGGCAAAGGGUAGCAAACGCCGGAAAAUGGGCACAGUAACGAAGGCGUACCGAGAACCGGCCCCGAAAAAACAGGCACCCAAAACGAAGGAACCUAAAGCGAAAAACGAACGGCAGUCCACACUCCGCAAACGACCAAAGUUUACCGUGAUUGAUUCUGGUCGCAAAUCGUUCCGCAAGUCAACUGCAGCCAAAACGGCCGCUACACAGAGCCGGCUUAAGCAACGAUUCGAAGCGGAACGCAAACGAACCCGUGUCAUAAGGACGGAGGAAUAUAUUCCGACGCAAGAGGAGCUGUUGGAGGAGGCGGGAAUUACCGAAAGGGAAAAUUUGAAAUCUUUAGAACGUUUUCGAAGGAUGGAAUUAGAGAAACAGAAAAUGAGACCUACAAAAAAGAAAUUUACCGGUCCAACGAUACGUUACUUUUCCACUGCAAUGCCCAUCAUUGAAGAAGUUCACGAUCACAAUAACGAUGUAGAUCCUCUCAGCCUAAGCGAUCCAAAGGAAGCGGACGAAACGAAUGAGAGAACGACGAGAGAAAAGUCUGUGAAACGAAACAAAAAGAAAACAACCGUGAUGGAAGUAACUGGACAAUACGAGCGAACCUUCAUCACGUAUGAAAAUGACAUCGAUAACAAGGUGUUUGAUUCGUACUUCCCCAGACCGGACACGGCUCGUAAGCACCGUCAGAUUUGUGCCGUUACGCGACUGCCGGCUCGAUACUACGAUCCUAUCACGCAGCUACCAUACCGGAAUAUGCAAGCGUUUAAGAUAUUGCGCGAAGCGUACUACCAGCAGCUGGAGGAACGUGGAAACUUCGACAAUCCGGACGUUGCUCGAUGGUUGGAAUGGCGCAAGAAGAUAAAGGAAUAUCGGGUUACCAGUAUGAAGAAAACGCAGUCUUCCGCCAACGCGACGAAACCAGCCGCAACAGCUGGGGGUCUGGUAAAGUUAAACUCUGGAACACCUACGGUGUUAGGUGUCGCCGGAACGACGAAAUGAUUCCAUCAUUAACGAACGGCUAAAUUUGCAAUUUAUUUACUGUUGUAUGCGUGGUUGUGUGGUUUGUGGUUCCUUUUGCUAGGAGCGACUGCCAUUUCGGACAGAUUUGGUAUUAAAAAGCCACAGACAACAAUGCAACUAUCACAUUCACAAUCAGACUAUCUUCCUAGGGUGCUGCGUCUAGAUAUUCCAAGCCAUUUGGCAAGUUGGCGUUACAGUGCAAGCCCAGGUUUGGGUAUGUUUUUCACUUACUUUGCCUAAUCUCAUCCGACCUGCCCAGCUGUGGUUAACUAUCUAUCUAUUAAUCAACGACAUCAACGGCAACAAGUU